GCCCCGCACAGCACCGCACCGCACCUUCCGAGACGGAGAUAGAAGUGCCACACGUGGAUUUAUUUCACGACAGACCGAACCGAAAGCGAGAAAAAAACUGAGCCAAAUCCGACGCGGCGGGACGCAACGAACGGUUAGGAUGGCUGCAGACGGCGACUUAAAUUUGUAUUCCUGAUGCAUUUUUGGAGGCAUUGACCCAUUUCCUGAGUGAAUCGAGGCCGUUUUCACGAGCAAUGCAUUUAGAGGAAGAGCAUUGCCACCAGAAGACCCACAUCGACGCCACGAAGACCCCGACCAUCAGCGCCAUUAUGUUUGGCGCGGGCAUCUUCGGCAAUGUGGCAGCUCUGGUCAUCCUGGAGAUCAGACGGCGCCGGGACAUGAAGGCCGGGGGCACGUGGCGGCGGGCGCUGUUCCAUGUCCUCAUCACGUCGCUGGUGGUCACAGACCUGGCGGGGACCUGCCUGAUCAGCCCCAUCGUGCAGCUGUCCUACUCUCGGAACACCACCCUCAUCGAGAUGUCACGUGAAACUGUCAACGUCUGUCGCUACUUCGGCGUCACCAUGACUUUCUUCAGCCUGGCCACCAUGUCGCUGCUUCUCACCACGGCGCUGGAGAGAUGCUUCGCCAUUGGGUACCCGUACCUGUACAGCCGCUACGUCACCAAGAAGUGUGCCUACGUCACGAUCCCCCUGGUCUACGUGCUGUGUACGUUGUUCUGUCUGCUCCCGUUGGCGGGAUUCGGCGAAUAUGUUCAGUACUGCCCCGGCACGUGGUGCUUCAUCGACAUGAACCCAAAGAACCCCGAGGACCGAGCCUACGCCAACCUGUACGCCUCCGUCAUGCUGGUGCUGGUGCUGGCCAUCGUGGCGUGCAAUGGCUUCGUGAUGUACCACCUGUUCAAGAUGUACCAGCGCCGGAAAAGGAACGGCUCCAUGAUGGUGACCGCCAGAUCCAGCAGCGAUCGCCGGCAGACGUCCAUGGCGGAGGAGGUCGAGCACUUGAUCAUGCUGGUCUUCAUGACCAUCAUCUUCAUCGUCUGCACGCUGCCCCUGGUGAUCCGAGUGUACAUCAACUCCACAAAGAUCCAGGACGAGUCCCACCGCAUGGACCUGAUCGCGCUGCGCUUCAUCUCCGUCAACUCCAUCAUCGACCCCUGGGUCUUCAUCCUGCUCUCCCCCAGCGUGCUGCACUUCUGCUGGGACUCGGUGGGCCGGGCCCCCCUGGCCCUCACUAGGGGGUCGGUGUGUCAGUCCUCGGUGACCAAGGAGACCACGACUAUUAACCUGGAGCUGUCCCGCUCAAAACUGUACCCCCAGGACUUAAAUGCCGCGGGAAAUGUAUGACCGCGCUGGCUGCGUUUUGCUGUUAUUUAUAUUUAUUUGACCCAGGAUCAUAACGGGUGUUUUCCUGUCUGAUCACUUGAGCUGCAGAGAUCUGCCCUCAGUGAUCUCCCUCCCAUGUGAGCCUGGUCCUUAUCAGUUCGCCGGGUGUUUUCAUUCAUUAAUGGCCCUGAUAAGCAACUCCAGAGUAGCUCAAUCAGCUGGCGGUCGUCCCGAGGGCGCCUCCGCGCAUUUCUGACGUUUCAGCUUCGUCGCUGCAUGCUGAAGGCGAACCGACUUCUCUGGAGUUUGUUGUUGGUUUAUUUGGAAGGCUCCGCAUGUCGGCUCAUAUGCUGCCUGUGCAUUAUGUCAGUAAAUCAGUUCGAAACGGCUGCUGAUGCAAAUGAAAAACUGAGACUUGAGCGCUGGAUUGCUUCCCUCAUAUUCUGCAGCCAAAUAUGUUCAAACUCCGCAUCACGAUUUGUGAGCGUAACCUUCAGAACGUGAUCGUAUCACCCUGCUGCAUCCUCGCCCGUGACCCCUGACCUCUGCCCUGCUUUCCUAACCCUCACUCCUGCAGAAAAGUCAAAGCCUGGAGGGACCGGAGGUCAUACCCAUGAUCAUUUCAGAUUUUGUUUUUCAUAAGAUUUGACUUGAAAACACCUUCCUGUAUUUACUGACAGUAGAUCAACAUUCUCUUUUUCGACCAAUGAGGCGCCACUACAUUAAUGUCAUGCAAAUUCUAAAACUGUAACCAACAAAAUGCCUAAAAGUGGACCUGGAUUAUUCUGAAAAUUCAACAAGGUUAUUUUUAAAGGUUACAGUUUUUUUAAACACAGUUGUGCUCAUUGCAGUUGUGUCACCCUGAAAACGGAUCAGUGUUGUCAGUUUUCAGGUGUUGCUAAAAUCUCUUUUAAUGUGAGUCAUUGCACUAAAACAUAAAUUACGUUGAGAAUUUAGAAAAAAAGACAGCAGCAUUCUUAACUUUUUUGCUGAUUUAAAAAUAAUUCUUCCAUUCAUGUUUGAAAACGGCUUUGAAAAGGCACCGUGUUGCACCUUUAAUUUGUUUUAAGGGACAAAACUCCUCCACCUGUUUCAAUGAAAGGGCCAAAGUUAACGAGAACAUUUCAUUCGUGUGGCAUUCACUUUACAGAGGACCAUGAUGGAAUAUCACUUUUAUUGCAAGUAUUAUAGCUCACAUGGGAGACGUUUCCGUUGUUUUGCUUUCAGGUUCAUCAUUAAAAUGCUAAAAUUUGCAAUGAGUGUUUCGUUACAGGACGGUGAUGUCAGUUUUAAACGAGCUGCUAAAAUCAGACUGACUACUGAGUUACUGGAAAGAAAAGCCGCUAGUUUUUUUUUUUUUUUUUUUUUUCCAAGUAGUUUGAAAGAAGAAGACAAAAAAAGAGCAGAGUCGCUUUGGGAGUCUGCUGCUGCGACAGCAGAUCCUCCUUAAAUUAAAUUAAAACCGGGAUCAAGCCUCUAGCGUGAAAAUAAGCUACUAAAAUAUUUUGGCGGCCUCUCUGCAUUCAGAUCCCUGAAGAAGAAUGAAAAACGCGUGCAGCGAUGGGAGCCAGAUUCGGUUACACAAUAGUGCGAGUCUCGGUGUAAACAGUGGAUUUAGAGUCGGUGUGAGAAAAGAGCGGCUGAUUUUAUGUCGCCAUUGUUUUGUGAGAACAGCAGUUUAUUGCCCGUGUUGUUGAUUCUGAGUUCAGCAUCGAAAUGUUCAAUGUUUACGACAGUGACUUACUGCUUCCUGCCACUGUGUGCACGUUAGUGCGUGUGUGUGUGUGUGUGUGUGUACGUGUUUGUGUAUCUACAUAUGUGUGUGAAAGGCAAACAGCAAAUGUAAUGUACUCAUAUUGAAGCAGAAUCUACCUACUUGGAUAUCUUGUACUCUGUAAUCAAGUACUGUACAUGAACCAAAUGCACUGAGAGUGACUGUGUGUGUGUGUGUGUGUGUGUGUGUGUGUGUGUGUGUGUGUGUGUGUGUGUGUGUGUGUGUGUGUGUGUG